AAUCCCAAACGUGUUACACCCCGGAAACAAUAGUGAUGCAGUUUUAAACAAACCCAACCCAAAAAAAUAACUCAAUAUUAACCAAAUCACAAAUUAAUCAUGGCAGAAAAGGCACCUCAAAAGACAAAAAUAGAUAAAAUUCCAGAUGGCCUUAAAUUUGCAUUCGGUGGGCUUGCUGGGAUGGUCUCAAUCUGCGUAGUCCAGCCGAUGGAUUUGCUUAAGACGCGGAUGCAGCUAAGCGGCGGCGGCAGGACUACGUUUAGUAUGGCCAGCGAGAUUGUGAGGAAAGAGGGCGUCCUGGGCCUCUACAAUGGCCUCUCAGCAGCUGUGCUCAGGCAGGCCCUUUACUCCACUUCACGAUUUGGCAUAUACGACAAUCUCUUCGAGUAUUACAAAAAAAGCAAUAACAACGUACCUCCCAACUAUUUGAUAAAGAUGUUGAUGGGUGUGUUCGCGGGCAGCGUGGCCGCUAUGUGUUGCACUCCGUCCGAGGUGGCGCUCAUCCGGAUGACGGCUGACGGCCGGCUGCCACCAGAGAAGAGGAGGAGGUACAAGAACGUCUUCGACGCGCUCAUGAGGGUUGUAAAGGAGGAAGGAGUUCUGAAGCUAUGGCGCGGCGCCACCCCUACAGUGGCCCGCGCUAUGGUGGUGACUGCUGUACAGCUGGCGACCUAUUCUCAGGCCCGUGAGAUGUUCAUACCCUACGUGCCCGACGGAAUAGCCCUCCACUUCUGUGCUGCUAUGAUGUCUGGCUUGGUCACCACCAUUGCCUCCAUGCCCGUCGACAUCAUCAAAACCAAGAUUCAAAACGCGGCGAAAGGUCAAAGUCAAUUGUCCGUGGUCACCAAUCUUUUGAGGAAUGAAGGCGUUCUGUCACUAUGGAAAGGUUUUGUGCCUUACUACGCGCGACUAGGCCCGCACACCGUCCUCAUAUUCAUAUUCCUUGAGCAGUUCAAUGCUGCUUAUUUAAGAUAUGCCAAUAGUCAGUGAACCACACUACUUGACCAAUAAUGAUAAUGCCUACUCGACUAAUUUGAUAUUGGUGCCGAUUCUGGCGUGAUUCUCUAAACUUGAAACUAAAUUUAACAUCAGUCUUUCCUUUUCACUCUGUAUAGAGAAUGACAAGGAUGCACUAUUGUCAAAUUUAAGUUUAGGUUUAGAGAAUCAUGUCAGAAUCGAUACCAUUUAUACGCUUUGAUAAUGGGUUCCUUUUACUAAUAUUUAAUCUUGAUUUAACCUUGAUUCUCGUACCUCAUAGUUACCUUAACGGAUUUCCUCGAAAGUUUGACACGGGCCAUAUCAAGUAGCACAAAAUAUGCCGAUGAUAUUAAUAACCACUGAUCGUAGUUACCCUGUAGAUUGUGGAACAAAAGUUAAUAACCCUUACAGCUCUCCCCUGAAAGUCUAUGCAAAACUGGCAAAAUAGAUAAGAUGACAUUUUCUUACCAACAUAAAGAAGAUAAUUUUGUUUGUGAGAAAGGAACUUUUAUAAGAAAAAAGAAAGUUUGAUAGAAAAGAAAAAAACAAUUUUAAUAAUUUGGUAAGGUACAUGAUAUAUUCUUCUUGGUCAUACUUUAUGUAAGCUGGUUUUACAUAAGUUAGCAAAAACAUGACGUAAGUUACGCUAGCUUAAAAUUUAGGCACCGGCUUCAAACGAAUUUUGCGCUAAAGUUGAAUAGCAAUGUGCCAGCUCGAUAUAUAAAUUUAAAAAGAAAAUAUUUUCCGUUAUUUUAGUAAAGAAAGUUUAAUUAUAAUACUUAACAGAUUCGUUCAAACUAAAAUGUUUUUUAUAUUUCUUUUUUCUUUAUUUAGGUAGCACCUUUUUACAAACCGAUUCCGUUACCAUACUGAAACCACACUAUAUCAUGAAAACCCUAUAAUUUCCUAUUAAAAAUGAAGUUCAAUUCGUAUGUAGAAUUAAGUGAUUGUGUAGCAAAUAUCUAUGACAUUUUUUGUUUUUAUAGAAUAAGGUGGCCAUAUUAUGGUUAAUUUCGCCACGAAUUAAAGUUAAAAGUCUGAAUUUAUGUACUGAGUUAAAAUUUAUUUCAUAGCAGCUGGAUAGAUAGAAUGACUAUCUAACUAUUUAUAUAACAUUAAGGCAAAUUCAUUAAAAUACCAGUGAAAGUUGGCAAUAAACAAAACUAUUUUUGAAUAAGAAAAAAUUUAAGUAAUCUCACAAGAUUUUUUUAUAUUUUUUUUUAAGUUAAGAUUCAUUCACAAUCACAACCACAAUGUGAGAGACAUUAUGGUUGUGAUUGUGAAAUUAAUUUUCUCAAAAUGAUCGGUCAUUUUUAAAGUAAAAAUUAGUUUCAGUGACUUGUGGUGGCCCAAAUUGUUAAAUACUUUUUUGCAUUUUUGGAAUAUUCUUUUUACACAAUGCAAAAUAUGAUUUGUUGAAUAUUGUGAUGAGUAAAAUGUACCUAUUUAAAAAAUUACCCAAUUUUUGUUAAUGCAAUAUUUUACAAAAGAAAAUUAAAAAGAAAUUUAAAACAACAAGAUUGAAACAGUAAUAUGAUAACUAUAUUUAUUUUUAUAUUAUAAAUGUAAGAAGCAGUUAACUGGUACAUAAUAAAAUACAGAAUUCAGUAACACAAA